CCGGGCAGCUCGUCAUGCAACGCAAGCCAAUCACACCCACCACAAAGGGAUGCUCCAGUGCCUUGCUUUCUCCACAGCAUCAGCGUUGAGGGCGAAUACCAGGAACCGGACUGCAAUCCCCGAUACCGAAUAAAAUUCUACCACGUCCAUUUGUAUCCAAUGUUUUGCUCUUUAUUCCUAUCCAUGGCCUGUUGAGGAAUUUCGACAUCACCCCCUUUUAACCUGGCACAUUAACCAAUAGUACCCGUCGUAAUGGCGUCCAUUCCGCCAACAACCUCUUCGGAGUCCUUUCAAAUUAUAUCUUCUCUGCGUUAUGACCCGGCGAUUCCGCGUGCGAUCGGUGAAAGAACUGCAGAACCCCGUCUUCUAGCUACACCGUACUACCUUCUGCCUUACCACCAGGACCGGCUCCUUAACGCGGCGAUCUGUUUCAAUUGGGCAAAAGCUAUUGAGUUUCUACAUCAAGAUUUGGGCCAGUUUACUAGAAUUCUAGACACAUUCAUACCGGACAAAUCGGAGUCAUGGCGCCUUCGUAUUGUUGUUGACGGCAAUGGAGCGUGCAAGGUCGAAGCCAACCCGACAGUAUCAAUGGACCUCCAAAACCUCCUAUGCCCUACUCAAGAGGUUUCCCAGUUAAACACGUGGCGUGUAUAUGUUGACUCAGAGCCUACAACCCCUUCGGACUUUACUACGCAUAAGACUACUGCGCGUGGGGACUAUACAGCCGCGAGGCAUCGGUCCGGGAUCCUUUCACUCCAAGAGCAGGCAGAGGUGCUUGUAAUAAAUCCAAAGGGCGAAGUCAUGGAAGGGAGUAUCACAACCCCAUACUUCAGGCGGCGCAGGCAUGGAUCUGAGAAGGAUGACACGAGCAGAGACGAGCCAGGAUGGGUCACACCACCGCUCUCAAGUGGUGGCAAUGCAGGCACAACUAGGCGAUACGCCCUGACAGAAGGAUUUUGCACGGAGGAGGUGAUCGCAGUGGCUGAUUUAGUAGAUGGUGAAGAGUGUUGGCUUAGUAACGGUGUUAGAGGCUUUAUCCCCGGUAGGAUUGUAUUGAUGGACCCGAAAGGGUCCGAAAGGGUCCACUUCCACGGUAAUACAUAGAACCGUUCAUCUCAAACCUGAGUAUGGCCCCAAAUUUAUCUUGGGGAUUGGUACAUAUAGCGUCUUUACAGGCCUGAAAUGAAGAUGUGCAAG